AUGCCCGAUCUGUCCGACUCAAUCACCGCCAUCCGCGAGGGCGCCAAGGAGGACCGCUUCACCUAUCUCACCAUCCUCCAGUACCAUGUCACCACCCCGGCCGUCCUGCCCGCCUUGAACGAGGUGCUCCAGGAUGCCGGCCUGACGCAGGAGAUUGGCUGGGACCUGGUACAGAUGCUUGUGACCAUCGAUGGCUCCGAGACCUGUCUUGAGACUGUAGCCCGCCUGGGAAACCCGCGCGAGGUGCUGAUCAAGGUCAUGGAGGCCCUGGAACGGUUGGCUGGGGCCGAGGAUGACGACGUCGACGACGAGCCCGAGGAGGAGAAGGCUGUCGCAUCCGACUCCAAGAUACCAGACAGGUUCAUCACCCUGCUUGGCAUGCUUGCUAUCCUCCACCGGCGCAUCAAGACAAAACACCCUUCCCGAUUCCUGGGACCGUCACUGGUCAAGGUCUUCGAGGCCUACAUGCCGAUUCCAGAGAUGACAGCAGCAGUCGUCAACCUGGUUCGCUCGCUAUCAGGCCGGAAACGGCCGCCUCUACCACAGCGUUCGUCCAGCAUCAACAUACUCAACGCCGACAAAGAUGGAGAUAUCUCCAAGAAUGCACCAGACCCCGAGGCUGAACAGGAGGACUCGAACGAGGAUGAACUGCAACGGAAACUACUGCAGUCAUUCGCCACGUGCGUCUUGCAGCGAUACGUCAACGCGCAUGAGAUGCAGUGGUCGCCACGCCUACUUGAGAUCUACCAUCCCGAGAAGCUCGUUCCGGGUAAGAAAACAAUGGCACAGGCGUUUAGGGAAAACGAGGUGCUCCAGCAGCGAGAUUCCGUGGUUGGCCAACUAGUCGCCUUACUUUCUGAUUUGGGCCUGGACGGAUUUUCGGGACCGUUCAUUGAGAGUAUAUAUGAGGCAUCGGCCGGCAUCGACCCUCUCGCUGCUUUCGAGGAUUUCACCUCCCCUGACGAUAUCCAUCUAUCACCAGGUGGAACGGUGAGCCUCAUGGCUUAUUGGCUCUUUUCCACCGACGUUUUCGGGGCAGACAACCCGGAGCCCGAGAUGCACCUUUUCCCUGAGCAUUUUACUAUUCUUGAGCGGUUCCUUGGCGACGAGGCGCAAGCCCAAGUGGUCAGCAGCCCGGGGACUGCUGAUGCUGUACUUGCUAUCGGCCUCGGCCUCGAACACCGAAAAUUGGUAGUUGCCACGGAAGACGCAUCUUUCAUGACUUACCACCACCAUCUAACGCUGAUUUCGGUCUUCCACCCUGAUCUCCAGACCAGAAAUGCAGCCACGAGAUUCGCCGGUACCAUCCUUCACUCUGAGCCCGACGAUCACAACCGCCUGGAAAUACUCGAAGACCUAUUGGAGAACUGCAUGUUCGCGUCACUUAAAGCAUGCGCAGUUCGGUGGCUGAAGGAGGAGCUUAUAACCGCAAGGCAAGAAAAGCUGACGAAUCUAUUCUCCAAGUCGGAAGUCAUCGAGCGACUGCAGUACGCCGCAUUCCCGGACAUGCUGUCGGUAGUAGAUAUGGACGACGAAGCGCUACUUGAGUUCUGGGUCGAGAACAACCCGUUUCUCUUACAGGCGGCGAACUUUGGAUACUUCCUGUUUGCCAGUUUCAAAGACCUUGUUCCGUCGGGGAUGAAAGGGGCUGUAGAACAGCGCUUCUCGGAACCGUUGAUACUGGCUGCGGAGAAAUUGGGACGGAUAGAGGGGGUGGAAGGAGGAGACAAGAUGCAGGUUGACAUCUUGAUUGAUCGGCUUCGGAGUCUCAACGCACAGUAG